AUGGCUCUCUUCGAGGCGGAAGCUGACGAAUCCCGCUUCAUUGACAAUGAUGUAUCCGUGCCCGACUGGUUCGACAGCGGCCUCUACUCUGACCUUACGAUCACAUGUAAUGGCCAGGAAUUAAAGGUGCAUCGCGGUGUAUUGGCGUCACGAUGGCAAUUCUUCGAACGUUGCUGCGAUGGUGGCUUCCUGGAGCAACACUCACGAAACAUCAAGAUGGAUGACCAUGAUCCGAGUGUGUUGAAAAGCAUGCUCGGCUACCUAUACACGUCAGAUCUCAGACACGUCCCAUCGCCCGACAAGUCCGAGCCCGGCUCAGGAGACCUCUAUCAGGGCCACUUACUGGAUCUGCUCAUUCUUGCAGAUAUGUAUGAGCUCCCACACCUGAGCAUCUCGAUCAUCGACGCCAUCCGCAGUAUUGAAAGCUCUUCCAUUUCGAUGGGAUCACGCAUCAAGAGUUUCUUUCGAAUUGCCACUCUGCCCACAACAGUGUACGGUCAGGGCCCCAUCAUGCAUUGGUUCCGACACGAGAUCACCAGUCUCGACCUGCCAUGGUCGUCUUUGUGGGAGCUUCAACACACGUCGACUGAUCCAAUACUCACGAACGGGGAACCCCAUGAGCAGGCACUCACGACCCGUAUGGAGGCCGCCAAGACUAAUGAAGACAUUAUGAAGCUCAUGGCUGAGCAUCCCACUGCAGCGCUAGACCUCAUUGUUCACCUGGGCGAGUCUUUGACCAGAGCAAAGCAAGCGAUUCCUCGUGAUUCCGAUGAAAGCGAGCCAGGUUCCGAGAGUAGCAAUGGAACUGGUUUCUACGGCAGCUCCGGCACGAGCGAGUGGCAGAACUCUUCCGGUGGUGAAGCCAGUGACGACGAAAUGGAAGACGGAGACGGAGUGGAAGUAGGCGGUGAAUUGGAGGACGAUAUUGCAGUCGAAGGCAGUGCUGAUGCUCCAGAUGACGCUAGGGGUUGA